AUGGCAGGAAAGAUAGCAGGUUGCAAUUCUGUUACCUCAACUUAUAUAGUCACUAUAUAUAUAUAUAUAUAUAUAUUACAAAAGUCAGUAAAUCAUCAAAUCAACAAGAGUAGUACCAGUAGUAGCAGCUCAUCAAAAACUCACUAUUCCUGCUCUCUGUCGUUAUCCAUCUCGAGCGAUGUGCCAUUGAGAUGGAAUUUUACAGGUUCCGGUUCACCAAUGUGUUUUGCGAAAUUCCAUUGGAAUUUCGACAGCCGAGGUACAAUCGAAACGGCAAAGCUAGACAGCCAGACAGCCAGACGGGGGGACCACUGGUCUGGGGACAACCCACCAUCUAUUAGUCAUUCUACAAACUGA